UCUAAGUUGAAUCAUCAUUUCCUCUUCGCCAGCAAAAAGGAUCUCUCGUGCAAAGUACUGACAAGAAUGAAUCUCAGUGUCUCUAAACUCUUGAUUUUGGGUUUUGUGUUUGUCCAACUACGGCAAGGAAACUCCGAGGAAGUCUCGAGUCUAAGUCGUAGGCAUGUGAGUUGUCAACAGGCCUUGAAGAGAUUGGAAACGAAACUCGACAGCAAACUGAACGCCAUAAAAGCAAAUAUUGAUUCUCUUUUGCUUGAAAAAAACAAUCUUUGUAAAGCGGCAAAAAACUGUGUCGACAUUCUGAAGUGUGGUGGGAAAACAAGCGGUGUGUACACCGUGAAACCUUUUUCGAGAUUUGACGCGUUCAAGGUGUACUGUGACCAGACCACGGCUGGCGGGGGAUGGGCCGUGUUCCAGAGAAGGCGGGACGGGUCUGUGGACUUCUAUCGUGGGUGGUCUACCUACAAGCAUGGGUUCGGUCACGUGAUGGGGGAGUUCUGGCUUGGUCUGGAUAAGAUAAACCUUCUGACCCACCAAACCAGAAACAAGCUUCGCGUUGACAUGAUGGACUGGCAUGGCAACACCAAAUUCGCGGAGUACAGCUACUUCUCGGUGGCCGCAGAGAGAAGCAAAUACGUGCUAGGGCUGGGACGCUACUCAGGAACCGCUGGAGACUCGUUGUCGUAUCAUCGCGGGUCUCCCUUCAGCACCAAGGGCCGCGACAACGAUGCAUACGGUAGGAACUGUGCGGUGGACUAUAAGGGAGCGUGGUGGUUUAAGAGCUGCUACAAUUCCCAUCUGAACGGCGAGUACCGAACAAGUGGUGAUGCAGUGGCAUGGAAGGCCUUUUCGACCUCACUAAAGCGGAGCGAGAUGAAAAUCAGGCCCACCGACUUCAUACCAAAAUAAACAAAUCAGACCUGUACGGUACCAUUUUACCAUUCAGACCAAGUAUAUAUAAAACAAAAAUAGAAAUAGUAUAAAGAUAGACCGGAAUAUAAAACAGGCAAAAGAUAAAAAAUUGCUAUGGCUCACAGAAAAAAAUAAUGUUAUGUGAAAAUUAAUGAAACCUUAUUAAAAUGAUCGUACAAGUAUAACUAAAGAUGCUCUUGUUCAAUAAAGUUACUGACGCACCAUCUGAA